AUGUGCCGCCGCAGCCUCCCCAUCAGCACAAGCCUCACCGGAGCAAGCAGUCAAAGCACCGUCGACCGCUGCCUGGACACCGCCGAAAGCCUGCCGUGUCCACGUUCACACAAGCCGCCGUCCUCGUCCCCGCCGGCCGUCCUCGUCCCCACCGCUACGAUGGCCUCCGGUUCUCUCCCCUUCUCUCGACCACAGCAAUUGCCGCCCUCUGGGAAUUUGCCGCUCCAGGCAAACGCCUUGAAUAAUGGAGAGGACAAAGUUUUAUGGGCAAUUUCCUCAGUUAACUGCAGCGGAAGUGAGGCUGUCUUGGAAAACUGCAAUGUGAAAAAUGCUGGUGCAUGUGACACAAAUGAAAGAGCAGGUGUUAUUUGCCAAGUGUAUGAAUCUUGUGCAGCUUUGAAGAAUGUUGGUGUGCAGGAGUCUGGAAUCUAUAUGAUAGACCCGGAUGGUGUGGAUCAGGGAGAAAACCACUUCUAUGUAGAGUGUGAUAUGGAGUCUGACCACCUAACAGGAAUAACAAUUGUUGGACAUGAUGCAGAAAGUAAGGAGAGAGUUAUUCCUUGUAGAGAGCCUGGAUGUUACUCUAGAACCAUCACAUAUAAAAAGGCUUCUUUGGCCCAGCUAAGAACCUUGACUAGUUCUUCUGAGAGCUGUGAACAGUUUGUGAAACUGGACUGUCGGCACAUCAGAUUUUUGGAUGGACCAUGGGGGUGGUGGGUUUCCAGAGAUGGGGAAGCUAUUACAUCUUGGGGGGGUGCCCCAACAAACAGUGGAAAAUGUGCAUGUGGAGAAAAUGGUGAAUGUGCCUUGGAAAUGACAUCUUGCAACUGUGAUGCAAAUGACGAUGUGUGGAGGACAGAUGAAGGAGCCAUAACGGAUAAAUCAUCUUUGCCAAUCAAGGAAAUCAGAUUUGGAGGGACAGAUAUAACACGAUCAUUAGCAUUCUACCGUAUAGGCAAACUUCGCUGCUGGGGAACAAUUUCAGAACCUCCAGUCUUAGAGUCAUGUGCUGCUCUUAAAGAAGCUGGUAUCAAUGAGUCGGGGAGAUAUUCGAUUGACCCAGAUGGUGUUGACAAAGGGCUUCCUGAAUUUGGGGUCUACUGUGACAUGUCAUCACAGUCUGGCAUAACAGUUAUCGGCCACAACAGUGAAAGGCGUAUACCCGUGAGCCCAUGUGAGGAGCCCGGAUGCUACAAGAGAGAAGUGAUAUACUCAGCAGAUCUUGCUCAGCUAAAUGCCCUUACUAAAGUGUCACAAAGCUGUGAACAAUUUGUUAGGCUCGACUGUCGCCAUGUGCGCUUCAUUCAGUCUGGAUGGGGCUGGUGGGAUUCCUGGGAUGGAAAGAAGAUGAUUUACUGGGGUAGUGCUGAUUCUGCAGUCGGUGGUUGUGCAUGUGGAAAAACUGGUACUUGUGCAUUUCCUGAUAAGGUCUGCAACUGUGACAGCAAUGAUAACAUCUGGAGAACAGACGAUGGCUUCCUACGUGAUAAGACAGCUCUGCCAAUUAAGGCUGUGUAUUUUGGAGACACCAAUAACUUCCCCUUGGAAAUGGCUUAUCACAGUAUUGGAAAACUGAGAUGUAGAGGUACAGGUACGUAAAAGCUUGGGA